AUGUGUGGUGCCCAAUCAAAUCCAAAAAGUAAGUCAUUGCAGUCAAGGUUGUAUUGGAUAUCAAACCAUAGUUAUGGAUGUACAAUAGAAUCCAGUGAUCUAAACGGACGAGAGAGACAGAUAUUAACGGUGGUGAGAGAUAGUCAGAUCUUCGACCUGGAUAUAUUGCAUAAUAUAAUAUUGAUGUCAGAUGUCCGAAACAAUCGACUCUAUCUAUAUAAUGUGUUAGAGGGUCGGAAUGGAAAAACCGUCUCGAAAGAUUGGGGUGGUAAACCACUAGGGCUGAAAGUAUUCUCACGUGAGAGGCAAUAUUACAUCGGUGAGAAUCUUUUAACAUUUACAGUUGCCAUUUUAAACUAA